UUGGCACGUAGAAUCUUGUUUUUGAGGAUAACAUAGCGGAUUAUCGUAACAUUUGGGCCACCGGCAAGCAGUUUGGUACUCUAAACCACCACUGUGCUGUUAUUACUACUCUGUCUUGCAAGCCAUUUUAACUGGGAGAUGUAUCGACGCGGAGCUGCAAAGAAAGACCACAACAACAAACCUGUGAAGAAGGAUGUGAGUGACAGUGAUAAAUACGCCGACCUUUUGGUGUUCGGCUAUGCCUGCAAACUGUUCCGAGACGACGAAAGGGCUCUUUACCACGAACAUGGAAAACAUCUUAUCCCAUGGAUGGGGGACAAGAGCAUCAUGAUUGAUAGAUACGAUGGGCGCGGUCACUUACAUGACCUUUCAGAGUAUGACAGCGGGUCAUGGAAUACAUCGUACCAGCUGUCGGAGGAAGAGGCCAGGAUUGAGGCACUGUGUGAUGAAGAGAGGUACCUGGCUCUGCACACUGACCUGCUGGAAGAAGAGGCUAGACAAGAGGAGGAGUACAAACGUCUGAGUGAGGCUCUGGCUGAUGAAGGCUCCUACACUGCAGUGGCCUUUAAAUACAGUGCUGACUACUAUGACCCCUCUCAGCCCACGGAGGAGGAGGAUGCUAACAAGGAAUCUGAAGAGGCAGAGCCUGAGGAGAGUGAGGAACCGUUCGUUGCUCCCCCAGGGCUGGCCAUCCCUCCUGAUGUGGAACUGCCGGCAACAAUUAAGACCCAUAACAUCAUCGAGAGGACAGCCAACUUUGUGUGUCAGCAGGGGGCUCAGUUUGAGAUAGUGCUGAAAGCCAAGCAGGCUGGUAACUCCCAGUUUGACUUUCUUCGUUUUGACCACUACUUGAACCCUUAUUACAAACACAUCUUGCGGGCCAUGAAGGAGGGUCGAUACAACCUUGUCCCCUCCAACAAGCAAGAGCAGUCACAGGACUCUCACUCUGAUGAUUCAGAUGAGGAUGGGGAUGGCAGCUACCUUCAUCCCAGCCUGUUUGCCCCGAAAAAGAGCUCUCGCCUGGAGGAGCUGGUGAAGCCUCUCAAAGUAAUGGACCCAGACCAUCCUCUGGCCGCACUUGUACGAAAAGCCCGGCAAGAAAGAAAUGGCACUGCAGCAAUGGCAACCAAACCAGAGCAAGUGACAGAUCCAGCUGCAUCAAGCACACCAGCGCAGUACACUGCUGACCCAGCAGUGUACUAUGGGUACUACAUGCUUCCUGAUGGAACGUUCUGCUUGGCCCCACCACCUCCAGGGAUAGAGGCAACCUCCUACUACAACAAUAUGCCCUCAGCUGUAAUGGCUGCUCCCCCUACCUCCUCUGGGGCCUUGCCUCAAUUGGGGACACCCACCCCUCCUGAAACUAUCACCAUGGCACCACCAGCUACAGCCCCCUCUCAGGUCACCAGCUCUGCUGCUCCAGCAAGUGUACCAGAAACCAGUUCAAAAGCCGAAGUUCAAGUUUCCACACCAGCAGCACCAGCCAUCAUCCCCCCACCACCUGACAUUCAGCCAGUCAUAGACAAGCUGGCCGAGUACGUUGCUAGGAACGGUUUAAAGUUUGAGGCCAGUGUCCGUGCCAAGAAUGAUCCACGGUUUGACUUUCUGCAGUCUUGGCAUCAGUACAACACCUAUUACGAGUUUAAGAAGAAUUACUUCAUGCAGAAGGAAGGAAAAGGCUUGGCAGAGAGUGGGACGGGAGAUGAUGGCGAUGAGUCAGACAAAUCAGUCAAGGAGCCCAAGCUGACUAAAGCUUUGUUUGCUCCCAUAUGUUUUGCCAUCAAGGCAAAGGAAAAUGACUUAUUGCCUCUGGAGAAGAACAGAGUUCGACUGGACGAUGACUCAGACGAGGACAAGUUGCUGGAGGAGGAGGGGCUGGAAGCUGUGAUGGGUGGAGCUGAGAUGGUUGACAAGGAGCCUCCUCCAGUCAGUGCACCAGAAGAAAAGAGACCCUCCCUUAGUUUGGAGGAGCUGGAGGCAAAACAAGCCAAGCAGAAACUAGAGGAUCGUCUAGCAGCUGCAGCUAGGGAGAAGCUGGCCCAGGCAUCUAAGGAGUCCAAGGAGAAACAGCUACAGGCGGAGAGGAAGAGGAAGGCAGCGCUCUUCCUACAGACCCUCCGCAGCCCUUUUGCUGGAGAGCCUGAGGCCAAGAGAGUUGAGCUAGACUCAUCUGCACAGCUUGAGAUGCAAGAAGCCCUUUCUGUUCUGUCUGACCUUGCGCCCUCUCAAGUUUCCUCGGCGCAACCUGCGUAUCCUCAGGAUCAAAGGCCACCCAUGGAGAACCAAGGAAGCUAUCGCAGCAGGGAGGCCCCGUCCUCCUCAUCCUCCCACAUUACCUCCAGAGGAGCAGACAGAGACAGAGAGAAAGACAGAGACAGAGACCGAGACCGAGAGAGAGACCGAGAGAGAGACCGAGACCGGGAUAGAGAUAGAGAUAGAGAUAGAGAUAGAGACAGAGACAGAGACAGAGACAGAGAUAGAGAUAGAGACAGAGACAGAGAUAGAGAUAGAGACAGAGAUAGAGACAGAGAUAGAGAUAGAGACAGGAACAAAGGGAGGGACAAAGAGAAAAAGAAGAAAAAACACAAGAGGAGGACAAGGUCCAGGUCAAAGAACAGACACUCCCUUCCCAGUGCCUACAGGAGAGCCCGCAGAUCCCGUUCACACUCCCCAGGGAGAAGGGACAGGAGGGGUAACUCAUCAGAGAGGAGACGUGAAGAGAGAGAGCGGGAGCGCCAUCAUCCCAGCAGCAGUUCCAACCUGCCCAGGGGGCAUUCAAGAUCCAGGUCCCCUCCUGAAAAAAGGAGGAACUCCUUGUCAUCCUCAGGACAGAUGCAAACUGUGGGUUCCUCUCUCUCUCCAUAUUCUUCACCUGGCAGAGUUUUGUCCCCAUCAGCUAGCCCUGCCUCCAGCCUUGCCCACUCCAGGGGUGGUUCUCAGGAGAAAGACAAGGCAGUGUCCUCUUCCAUAGUAACGUCUGUUCAGUCCAAAAUAACUCAGGAUCUGAUGGCCAAAGUGCGAGCCAUGCUUGCCACCUCCAAGACCUUCCAACCUCCCAAUUCCUAAAGAGGGCACGGGUUUCUACUAGUCGUGACAGCCUCGGCCAAUCAGCGAGCAGCAUUCUCCGAUUUCCUGGAGAUCUAUCUGAUCUGGAUCUGUAACCCUGUGUUCCUUGAUUUAUUAUUUCAUCUUGAUUUGAGCAUCAACAGAUUCACUUUGGCCACAUUAUGUCAUCAGCAGAAUUUUAAGAGUGGAGUAAAGGCACUAAUUACUGACCUGAGAAAACAGUUCAUCAGCUGGGAGAUCAUGUCGACAGUUGACAAAUUUUGGUGCAGGGAGACUGAAAUGUGGAAAUAAUCCAUAUGUUAUUUUGCAUCCUGUUUUAAGACACCCUACUUAUCUCCCACGUCAUUCUGUGCAGCAUUACCAAAAGCUACAGGAGGUCUGUAUUCUCUCCUUCUAUGAAGGGUUGUGUUGUUUUGAUAAUUUCAUUUCUCUCCUCCCUCAACUGGUAUUCUCCACUGUUUCCCUUUUUAUUUCCUCCCCCAGCUUUUCUCUCCAGCACCUCACCCAUCUACUUGAGAAGCUGUUUUAAUUUUUUACUCUGUCCCUCAGCUCUAGUGCGUGGCCUUCUAUUUCUGUUCCUGGUUUGUACUGUAAGGAAUUUAAUGCAGAACUACUUUCUAAUCCAAAC